AUGAAUACAAUAUACGUUGCAGCUCAUGCACAUAGGGUUGGCCCGGUCCAUCUUCUUGACCUCCUGAUCGACCUGUCACACGGUCCACCUGCUGUUGAUCUCUUUGCCGACGACCGUGGUGUUGCUGAUACUCAUCCCCAAGGGCUAAACGGUCUGCAGGUGGCCCCAGAACCUCUCCUCCACGGCCAUGGACUUGACUGUCCACGGGUGUUCGCCUCGAUGAACGUCCUCGACAACACCUGCUCCUGUAUUCUUAGGGUCAUGCACGACUUCUUACUCCUCCACAACCAAUGCUCAUCAUCUUCCUCGCCGUACCCUCAACUGGAUCCUUGA